AUGCCUAUUAUACAACAAAACAAUCUCACGUUUGCGGAGACCUAUUUGCUGGCCUCCAAGGUCAAAGACAAGUUGACCAAAGAGGCUGUCAACCCAAAAACAAACUUGCGUCUCUUGGUGUGCCAGGCCAACUUGCUGGACAAUUUGAUGGACACCCUACAGAACCGCAAUGAAUACCAACCAGACACAAAUACCGUCGCAUUCAAGGGCGAUUCAACGAUAUCGUUAUUGGGAAACGACUCCGUUGUUACAACUACCGAGCUAAGUGACAGCGAUGAGGAGUACACUGAUGAUGAGUCAGAUUACAGCUCCUCCAGCGACGAUGAUUACACUUCAGACGUGGAAUACACGCAAUACCAGAGAAAGUUACAGCUAAAGAAUUCGAAUGACGAUGAGAACGAUGACAAAUCAGAUGAUGAGGAACUUGUUUACUACUCAAGUGACGAGUUCGACAGCGAGUCGGAGGACGAAAACGAAGACGACGACAAUGCGUUUAAAUUACAGAGGCUACGCCGUUUUUACAGCAGUAGUGCAACGGAAAAUACACUUGAUAAAGACAACUUACCUCAGUUAGAACAUUGCUCCUCGGCAUCAUCUUCUGAAUGUGAUGAGGAAGAAGAAGAUUUUGCCGUGGCUGUUCAAGGUAAAGACAGACCACAAGAGUCGUAUACAAACCAGGAUCCAAUGAUGAUGGUACAUGCCAUAGAACAAGGUCGACGUUCGUCCAACUCUGUGGUGGUGCUAUGUUAG